CAGUACAAGCAGUCAAACGUUGAAGGAAAACUCCUUCACGUGCUUAAAAUGUCCGAUCCGGAUACGGUAUGGUUGGAGGAGCUGUUGAAGGAUGUCCAGUUGGAACAGUUUCUGCCUCGAAUACGGGACGAACUGCAAGUGACACGGUUAGCACAUUUCGAUUACGUGCACGUUGAUGAUCUGGAGAAAAUAGGUCUUGGCAAACCAGGAAUUCGGCGUCUGCUAGAAGCGGUGAAAAAACGAAAAGCACAACAGUGGCGCCGCAAUAUCCUGUCGAAGCUGAUCGGUGGCGGUAAACAGCAACCACCGAAAAAGUCCGGCACACUAUCGGGUCAAAAUGAGGAACCGUCAGCACUAGCCCUAACCUGUCUGAUACACGAAAAGGACGUUACACUUUCGGUAAAGCUGGGUGAUGGUUCGUUCGGUGUGGUACGACGCGGCGAAUGGCAUGCGCCCGGUAACCAUCUGGUACCGGUUGCUGUAAAGGUGCUGAAAGCGGACACACUAGCACAGCCCGGUGUGAUUGAAGAUUUCUUCAAAGAGGUACAAGCGAUGCAUGCAAUGAACCACCCCAACCUGAUCCGUCUGCACGGUGUUGUACUGUCCCAGCCGAUGAUGAUGGUGACCGAGCUGGCGGUGAACGGGUCGUUGCUGGAUCUGCUACGCAAACAGUGCAAACACACACCACUGCCGAUGAUCUGGAGCUGGUCGGUACAGAUUGCGACCGGAAUGGCGUACCUGGAGAGCAAACGCUUCCUGCACCGUGAUCUGGCCUGCCGUAAUGUGCUUCUUGCCACUGGGAAUAAGAUUAAGAUCGGUGAUUUUGGACUGAUGCGCGCUUUACCCCAGCAGGAAGAUUGCUACGUGAUGACCGAGCACAAGAAGGUACCGUUUCCUUGGUGCGCACCGGAAUCGCUACGGUACCGCCAGUUUAGUCACGCCUCAGACACGUGGAUGUUUGCGGUAACGCUGUGGGAGAUGUUUACCUUUGGGGAGGAUCCAUGGGUGGGGUUGAACGGGUCACAGAUCUUGCGCAAAAUUGACCGGGAGGGUGAGCGGUUGCACCAUCCCGAUGCCUGUCCGCCGGAUGUUUAUCAGCUGAUGUUGCAAUGUUGGGAUAAGACACCUUCGGAGCGGCCUACCUUCGCUGCGAUAAAGGAGUUUCUUACGGGCGUUCCACCACCGAUAUAUCGCGCUAUAACGAAUUAUAUUGCUGAAAAUCGUCUUGCUGUGCAGCAAAGCGAUACGAUUGUGAUUAUCGAUGAUCGACCGGAGUUGCAGUUUAUCAAGGGACAGAAUCAAAGGACGUUCGACAUUGGCACGAUUCCGAGGGGCGUUGUUAUCGAUGCGCGCAAGUCUUGUUCAAGCUCGUCUGGUGGAACUAGUUCUACGAUUAGCCGCCCGCUGCAUGACUCAUUUCGGCACACGGGACACGGUUCUCCUUUCGGUGCGUCCUGGGGUAAUCCCGCUAGUCUUGAGCUCGAAGGAGAAGUUAAACUUCGAAAUAAAACGAAGGAUCUGGUUAAUGCGGAUCGGCGAGGAAAGUGCGUAUCGGAGCAAUAUGUGAAGGAACGAAAAAGCAAUGCUUCCAAACAAUUUUCCUACAACAAACUGGUGAAUGAGAAUCACUCUAAGCAUCCCACCCAACAGCUAGUAAAAGAUGCUCAAAACCGUCCACUUCGACCACCGCAACCACAAACAACGGCCACAGAAGGUAUACUAAUCGAUCUUUCCUCGCCAAACGAUGAAGCAACGUUUGGUGGUGCGGCUCCUGGGGCUGUACCUGCCGGUGGUGGUUCUUACCGACAAGUGACUAGCAUUCUCGACGAACCGAUCGAUAUCCCGACCGAAGGUGAUGAUCAUUUUGGGCAGCAGCAGUUAUCGCAACAGUCGCAUGAUCAGCAACUUCAAGCGGCUGCCAUUUUGAAUUAUCCUUCCGUAUCACCUGUUCCGUCUGCCGCACCAAAACUUGUACCGCCUCCUUAUCAAAUGCCGCCGAAAUAUAGUAACACGUACGGAAUCGUGCACGAUAGCACGUUGAAUCUCAGCAUUGCAACGGAACCGGAUCCUUUCGCUCCACAGCAGCCCCAGCCACAAAAACAAGAACCCAUCGUUACAUCCGACUACGAGAGUGGUCCAUCUAGUUCGAUCAGUUCGCGAGAAUUGAUGGCAAGCAUAAAGCGACAGCAAACGAUCGAUCAAUCCGUGCCGCCACCAAUGGCAGUUUACGGGAACGUGCGAGGAUCCGUUUCGAACAUCAACGCAAACUAUGGUCGUGUGGGUGCGGAUUUGGAAGGUCUUACAGCCGAUAUGCUAUCAUCGCUGAACAACGGUGCAAGUGGAAGUGGACUUAGUUCCCCUGGCAGCAGAGACGUGUACAACGAUUCGCUGGAAGUGAACAUCAGUAGCAAUAGCAUCGGUAACGUUGCCAAUGGAUCAAUCUCUCCGUACGGUGGAUCCACCGCACAACUGAACGUUAUGCCCAAAACGGUCAGUAAAGCGUUUCUGGCAGAAUUGGAGAAGGAUAUCUACAAGCAAGCACCAAUGGCAGGAAGCAAUAUGAAUAGUUCAGUAGCUUAUGCCGCACGCAACAAUGCGAAAGAUACGUCCAAGUACGAUACGACGGCUAAUCUGGCGAUGAGUCAAAUUUAUGCCAAUCAAGCCAAUUCGAUCGCCCUGGCGGCAUCCCUCCAGCAGCAGCUUACACUCUCUCCAAAGAAACAGAACCUCACGCACCAGCAAGCGUCUUCUUCCGAUACGAACACACUAGUGCAACAGCUGUGGGCCGAACGUAACAGUGUGACCACCGUACCGUCGGCGACUGUUGGCGAACAACACCAGCCGCCACAUAUUUCGCCACAAAAGACACACAAUUUCGUUGCCCUCUCGAACGGUGUCACAUCGCUACAUUACGGUUCGACGGUGAGUCUUUCCGGUCCGAAUAUCUACAAUUCAGUGUACAACGGAAGCAUUGCCUCGGACGUGUAUCAGACGGUCGGUGGUGAUAUGUACGAUGUAGUGGCACCUACACCCGCUUCCCUAUACGAACGUGUGCCGUCACAGCAAGUGUACAAUAAUGUUGGAAAUCAAGUCCCGAUGACCGAAACCGCUAUAUACGACGAAGUAUCCAAUGAGCUGAGUGAUCUCCGACCUAUUCGGCCAGCUCCUUCGGCACCACUCUCUGCGCAACAGAUUCAGCGACGGUUGGAUCGGCUAGCUCAGCAAGAUCAACAGGUGGCCACCCUAAUGCAGGAACUCGGCGAUGAGGCAAGCGAGGAGGAAGCCAGAAACUCACUGGCAGCUGUUAACUGGGAUCACACGUUAGCGGUGCGGCACUUUAAAAUUGAACGACUUUGUCGUCUUGGUCUCGCAAAUCGGACCCGCUGUGAGGAGGCAUUGCAGAAAACGGGAUGGAGCAUUCAGCUGGCCGCCUCAAUACUGCUCGAAACCUAGUCGGGUUGGGAAGGUGGCCAAACUUGGAGAGCUUUUUAACGCAGUU